CUCAAGGUGAAGUAACCAUAUCUGCACAAUGGCGACUGUGUUUCUUUAUAUUUUGCUGCUUUUCUUUGGAAUAGGAAUAUGUCAAAUUGAAAUUCGAUCAAGCAUUUCAAGCAAAUCUCAAUGUUCCUCGGAAAAAGACGGAUGCAUCUCUCUGUCAUUCAACUCGGUACAAGAUUUGGAAAACAAACUUGAGGACAAAAAUUUCCAAGACCGUCUUGCUGAGCAGAUUAAAAGACAGCUAUUGAACGAAGCAGAUAAACCAACGUCACCAGAGGAAAAUGUUGACCAACUUCUUUUCAUCAAUAAAAGCAUGACGUACAAACAAUCGAAAGAGUACUGUCAUAAUAUGAGCCGAAAUUUAGUAUCUGGUUAUAUUCGCAAUAAAACUGUGCUCAAUUUUACAAAGAUUGGAGAUACACGUCACUUGUGGAUUGGUUUAGACGAAUUGAAUGGAUUUUGGCGUUGGGCGGAUGGAGUCAAUUCUACUGCUAAUAACACUAAUUGGGGUACAAACCAGCCAGAGAAUAAUAACGAGAAAUGUGCGGUUGUUUUCCCUAAAAACAAUUGGACAAUUCAUGAUUAUCCUUGUGAUAAUCCUCCGCAUAAUUUUUCUUUUAUAUGCGAAAAGAAGAUAACUGAUCAAUGCUAACAUUUACAAAUGACCGAGAAAACACAUGAAUGCAAUUUUGUUGUAUUUUAUUGUUACGUUAUAACUAACGAAAUUACCAAUUUAUAUUUCAAAUAUGAAUGUUUUGAUUCUGCUUUCAUUCUUAAUUUUUGUGAAAUUAAUUUUUGGUUCUAACGGUUUUCAGAAGAAUUUCAUUUGAUAUAUUUUAAAUAGGUAUUUUUGUCUGAACGUAUUUUGUCAAUGCAUAACACAUUUAUCUGAUGAAAUGACUCUAUAUAUCCAACGAUAAUGGCUUUGUUCCUUGAUUGACUCAUGUACACAAAUUAGAAUGCAAAAUCGAUGCACAUCGAUGCUUGAACCCGGAAAAGCAUGCCCUGUUUAGGAACAAAAUGCUACGCCAGAGGCUGAAGUACUCACAAUAGGGUAUUGUUUUUGCAACCUUGGGGAGGUUACAAAAGUGUCUUGGUGACAUCUGUUGGUACGCUGAAUUACAUGAUACUAUCAAAACCAUUCUAUAUCAUUUUGAUAAGACUACAGUAAAGAAAUCAAGCGUCAUUCUCAACCUUAAUAUUUAUAAAAACAAUCAUAACAUAAACCAUAUGUUAUAUGUUCGGUCAUAAAACAAGCUAUCAAAUUUGGAGUAAACUAUCGUAAAGUUAGAAUACUUUUUGUUCCCGCGUAUAAUCUCAGUAUUAAUCUUAGUUGGAUUCAAAUUUUGGCCUGGUUUUUCAUUUUAUUCAAAGCUCGAAUUCGUCGCAUACUCGCUUCAAUAAAAUCUGGACCAAGUCUGUAUUGGUUGUAAUCUGUGUAACAGCAAAUCGUAAUUUUAAAGAUCAUUAGCAGUUUACUUUUGAAUUAUGAAUGAUUGGUGAUUUUAACAAAAUAACUAAACGUAGAUUCUGCUAUGCUGAGGAAAAUCAAUGAAGAUGUGAGUGGACGACGCUGUAAAUGUUAUUAUACUUUAUUUCGUUUAACGAGUCGCGCACAAAAAUUGUUUCUACAAUUAUUUUUAAGCCCACGUUGCCUUUAUGUUUUAUCAAGCUUUUAUAAAACUUUGCUAUCAUUUUAUUGUGUGUGUUUACAUCGUAUUUAAUUGUAAUUUCACUUUAUCAAUUAUAAAAAAUAAA